AUUGAAUCAAUUGAAAAAAAGUCAAUCCAUUCCUCCACUUUCCUAUUCUCAUCCGACAGCAAAAGGUAAUCGACUACGGCUUUCAACUGCCACGCCACGCACCCUGUAUUCGACAUCACGCAUCAAUCCGUCCUCGCAUCACUCCCCACGCCGCUCCUUUGCCCACUGGCAGGCCCGACAAAGGACACCCCACGCUAUAUAUCCACACCCCCACCCCGCUUCCCUCUCCGCCCCUGCUCUCAUCUCGCACUGCCCCCACUGCUUUAAACUUGUGGAUAGAAAGGCACAAGACAACACCCGGUUGAUCUGUUUCUGUGUGCUGUACCCCAUUCAACCAUCUACCCAUUGUACAUCUCUAUAUUCUUUAUUCCUCCGUAUAAAUUAUGUCUGUACAAUCCCCCCGCCCAGUCAUCCUCAGCCCCCCCUCCCACCCUCCCUCGCACGCCAAUCCUGCCGACAGGCCCGACAUUCAAGACCAAGAGAACGAGCGGCAGAGGGAGGAAGCAGAGAACCAAGCUGGCGCCUCUGGCUCCGGUGAUAAGGAGAAGAGGGGCGAGAAGGAUGGAAAGUGGAUACAGGGCAUCGACUAUGCGUACGAAUAUGUCCCGGUCAUUCAAAAACGGCAAGGUCGUAAGAAUAUUACGUACGAAUUGAUCAUUCGACAACAGCCGAUGCAGGCGAGGAUGUGCGGUGUUGGAGACAAAUCGGAUAGAAGACCGGUAGACCCGACGCCCAUCAUCCAGUUGAAGAUCAUCGACCAGCAUGGGUCGGAUAUCACGCCUACAGACCCCCGACAUAAUAUCUUGAGACGGCCAGAGCCAGGACCGGAUGGAAUGACGUUCAUGCAGAGUCAGAGCCCCAUCUCCAAUCCAUACUACUUCCUUUUCGCCUGCUUAGUCGGUGGAGAAGAGCAAGAAGACGAACUGCACGUCAUCGACGAUGGCAAGACACGCUUCUUGACUGGGACGCCCGUGUCGAGUUUGUACCAUCUGAAGGACUUGGAUAAUACGGAUGCUGCGUUCUUUGUGUUUCCGGAUCUGGGGGUGAGGAAGGAGGGGAGGUACAAGUUGAAGUUGACAUUGUUUGAGAUCGUCGAUCAGGAGGUGUAUUACUGUACGACGAUGUUUACUUCAACUUUCUCGGUCUACUCGGCAAAGAAGUUCCCUGGAAUGUCGAAGGCGACAGAUCUGUCGAUGUCUUUUGCGGAGCAAGGUCUCAAGAUCCGAGUCCGGAAAGAUCCUCGCCAACCCGCCAAGACAGGUCCUCCCACAGGCAAGUCGAAACGGAAAUCCUCCGCCGCCGACUCGGAAGAAGACGACGCCCUUCCUCCUCCACCCCAAGUACAGUCGAGCAAGAGAUCUCGUGGGUCUUCCGACUAUCCUCCCCACGCCCAUCAUGUCCCGCCCCAUCACGUCCAUCCACAAGCGGAAUCACGGCUUCACCCUCCACCCCCUCCUCCAGACGCCUACUACCCCUACCCCCCGCCUUCACAUACCCAUCCCUACGGCUACCCUCCUCCAGGGCACGCUAUGCCCCCUCCACCGCCGCCUUCGGCGUAUGAGCCGUAUAGGAGGCAGUCGAUGCAGAGCCCGGCGGGGUACCAUCCGGGGCUGCCGCAUCCCAGCCAGCACGGGUAUCCGGCGGGGUAUUAUGGUGGGAGCGCGGGAGGGAGAGGGAGACCAGCGACGCACCCUGUGCCGGGCCCGGGGAGGCAUCAUCAAUCCAUGCCGCCUCAUCCUGGUUACAUGCAAGAUUCCCGAGACCCAAGAGACCCGAGGGAUCCAAGGUCAGCUUUGCCUUCGCCCUCUUCGCAUGGGCAUACCUACCCCCCGCCUUCGGCGGGUGGCUAUUCGCCUUUCCCAGGGGCGGGAGACUAUGAACGUUCUGGCGUUCCUUGGCCGCAGGGACCUGCUCCGGGGGAGAGGGAGAGAGAGAGGAGGGGUUUACCGAGGCCAGAAGAGCUUGGAUCGAGUAGGCCGGGGUCGAGGGGACAUUCUUCGCAUGCGCCAUCGGGGUCGAGACAUCAUCCUUACGGCCACCCUUCUUCCUCUCGACAGCCACUCUCACCCCGGUCACGCACCAGUCCAAGCCGCCCAGUACUCGUCACUAGCCCAGAGAGGGGUUUUCUCCGGCCUCCUUCCGCUAGCAGGGAAAGUUCGUUGGGUUUGCCGCCUGCACCGCCCAGCGCUGGAGGUGGGAGAGAGAGAAGGGGGUCGCCGUUGAUGCUUCCGCCGUUGACAAGGUCGCCGGGGAGUAUUGGAGGGAGUCUGAGCUUGGGAGCGGCGGGGGCGUUGGUCAGUGAGAGUAAUGAGCGGGGGUCAAUCUCGGAGCCGAGUGGGCGGGGGAAAGAGGGGGAGAGGCCGGAUAGCUCGGCGGGGAAGAACAAGAUGGGGCUGGGAAAUUUGUUGGGUUGA